AUGGCGGCGGCAGCAGGUUUCCCCAACCAUCAGCUGCUAGGCGCGUACAUCCGCCAGGGGACAUCUGUCUUCGGCGAGGUGCCGGCGUCGGGGGCCUUCGAGAAGGACGAGCAGCCGGCGGGGAAAUCCCUCAGAGAGAUCCUGGAGGCGUCGAGGUGGACCAAGCACCGCCUCCUGGACAUUGUGGGACCAGGUACCCCAGAGGUGGACGAGGAGGUGGUCAAGCGCACGGAGGAGGAAGCGGCGCAGGGCAAGGCGCUCGGCCCGUUCAGCGAGGAGGAGGUCGACCAGUGCCUGGGGAAGGUGUGGGCUGGGUCAAGGAGAUUCGGCCUAGUGCAGUCUUCCGGGGUGCGCCCGGUGGAUGACCACAGCGAGUUCGGCCAGAAUUGGACGUCCCACACCCACGAGAACAUCGAUCUGGGCGGCGUCGACCAGGUGGCUGCGAUAGCCCGUUUGUGGGGCACGGCCGCUUCUGGCGCGGGCAAGGUUCAGGUCGAGCUGAGCACGGCGGAGGUGUUACGCGGCCGGCUCCACAGAGGUUUCGCCCCGAAGGCUGCCCGCAGCCUGCGGGGGAGGGCGCUCGACUUGAAGCGGGCCUUCAAGCAGCUAGCGCCUCUGCCGUCCCUGGCGCCGCUCCUGGUGAUAGCGCUUUGGCAUCCAGCUCGCAACGGCGUCGCCUACUGCGUCUUGCGCGCCAUGUCAUUCGGGGCGAGGAACACUGUCUACGUUUUCGGGGCCGUCGCGAGGGCGAUAGGGAUGAUUAUGUCGGAGCUCUUCCUGUUGGCCCUCUCGCAGUACGUGGACGACUUCCCGCAGGUGGAGCCCGAGGCAAGCACGGACAGCGCCACCGUCGCCGAGGAGGUGAUGCAGCUGCGAUGCUGGGAGGUAAAACGGAACGCCGCCGGCGGCCUCCCGUGUUUCGCCUCCACGUUCUCCGCUCUCGGUGUAGUGUUCGAUCUGAACAACGUCGUGGAUAACGAGCUGACUAUUUCGAACAAGCCGGAGAGGGCCACAAGGGCAUCGGAGUUGGCGCGCACGGCGGCAGUAGCGUUGCUGCGCGAGUCCAGACCUCGCACGCUGCUCCUGCGAGAUCACGUCCCUCCCGUGCUGCUCUGGGUCGACGGCUCGGAGGAGCAGGCCGGGGUCGAUGGCGGCGCGGUGCUCGACGACAGAGGCACUGUCUCGGAGUACAUCCAGUUCGUGGUCAGCCAGGAGCUGGUGGAGGCCUGGAAAAGAGAGAAUGGCCUCACGAAAGUAAUUCACCAGGCAGAGCUGCUCCCCAUCGCCGUCGCGCUGGCAACUUGGAGAGCUGCCGUGCGCGGAAGGCGGGUGAUUGUCUUCGUAGACAACGACGCAGCGAGAGCAGCCAUGGUCAACGGUCACUCGGGCACGCCUGCUUCGGCGAGGCUCGUGGGGGCAGCGUGGGCCUUGGCGCAGGAGCAGUGCGCUUAUCUCUGGUUCGACCGG